AUGAAUCAUUUUCGCAUUAGCAACAACAAUCUUGGAAAUGGGGGAGAAAAUGACUUGGGUUUCCUUUGCUCCUUGACAAAUGACACCUAUCUAACUUCUUUGCAUGUAAAUGGAAAUAACUUUGGUGGAGAGUUACCCAAGUGCAUUGGCAAUCUCUCAACUACUCUCAUCUUAUUGUUUUUGGAUGAUAAUGUACUAUCUGGAAAGAUUCCUAUUGAAAUGGGAAAUUUGAUUAACUUGGAGGAACUCCAUAUGUGGCAGAACAAUUUAUCAGGUAAUAUUCCAUCUGAAAUUGGAAUGCUUCAAAAAUUACAAUUUUUGGCAUUAAAUAAUAACAAUUUCUAUGGGAAAAUUCCCUCUAAAAUUGGAAAGCUUCAGAAGUUACAACUUUUGGCAUUUAAUACAAACAAUUUCUAUGGGAACAUUCCAUCCUCUGUUGGAAAUUUAACAUUCUUGACAUAUAGUCUUGGAAGCUGCGUAAAGUUGGAAUAUCUAUACAUGGAAAGCAAUCUCUUCCAAGGGACCAUUCCUCCAUCUUUUGAAUCAUUAAGAGGUCUUCAACUUCUAGAUCUUUCAAAUAAUAAUUUGAUUGGCCAAAUUCCUAAAUUUUUGGAGGUCUUUGACUACUUGGAAUAUCUGAAUCUAUCUUACAACAAUUUUGAGGGAGAGGUGCCAACAGACGGAGUUUUCAAGAACACAAGUGCAACUUUCCUUGAGGAAAAUAGUCAGCUAUGUGGGGGAAUACUGGAGAAGAAAAGAAAAGAUAACACCUUAAGUGACUCAGGGAAUUUGCAUUUGAAUCUAUCUUACCAAAGUCUCCUGAAUGCAACCAAUGGGUUUUCUUCUACCAAUUUAAUUGGUGUGGGUAGCUUUGGAUCUGUGUAUAAAGGAAUUCUUGAUCAAGGUAGACAAACAGAUAUUGUGGCUAUUAAGGUGCUUACAUCAUGUUCUGGCAUUGACUAUCAAGGUCACAAUUUUAAAGCUUUGGUAUACAAGUUCAUGGAAAAUGUAAACCUUGAUGAAUGGCUACAUCCAACUUCAGGAAUGGAUGAGGCUGUUGAGGAACCAAAGAAUUUGAGUCUUCUUUAA